CAACAUGAAGCUGCAGUUCAGGCAGAAGUCAUUCCAGCCCGUGACAAAGUUGCAGUACCCUCAGCCUAUGCUGCUAGAACACAGGCCCACAGAGCUGCUGACGCUUACUCCCUGGUUGGCACCCAUCAUCUCCGAGGGAACCUUCAACCCAGAGCUGCUGCAGAAUAUGUACCAGCCAUUGAACCUGACCAUUGGAGUCACCGUGUUCGCCGUGGGGAAGUACACCUGCUUCAUUCGGCCCUUCCUGGAGUCAGCUGAAAAGUUCUUUAUGCGUGGGUACCAAGUACACUAUUACCUCUUUACCCACAACCCUGCAGCCGUUCCCAGAGUCCUCCUGGGCCCCGGUCGCCUCCUCAGCAUCAUCCCCAUCCAGGGUCACUCCCAGUGGGAGGAGAUCUCCAUGCGUCGGAUGGAGACCAUCAACAAACACAUUGCCAAUAGGGCCCACCAAGAGGUAGAUUACCUCUUCUGUCUCGAUGUGGAUAUGGUCUUCCAUAACCCAUGGGGCCCCGAGACUUUGGGGGAUCUAGUGGCUGCCAUUCACCCAGGUUAUUUUGCUGUAUCUCGCCAGCAAUUCCCUUAUGAACGCAGGCAACUUUACGCUGCCUUUGUGGCAGACAAUGAGGGGGACUUCUAUUAUGGUGGGGCAGUGUUUGGGGGACGAGUAGCCAGGGUGUAUGAGUUUACCAGGGGCUGCCACAUGGGCAUCCUGGCAGACAAAGCCAAUGGCAUCAUGGCAGCCUGGCAGGAGGAGAGCCACCUGAACCGCCACUUCAUCUGGCACAAACCGUCUAAGGUGCUGUCCCCAGAGUACCUCUGGGAUGACAGGAAGCCUCAGCCCCCAAGCCUGAAGCUGAUCCGAUUCUCCACAGUAGAAAAAGAUAACAGCUGGCUGAGGAGCUGACAGUGGAGCUGAGACCCCACCCCACCCCAAAGCCCUGUCAAACCCCACCCAUGCCAAGCCCAGCACUGCCCACCUCAGUCUACUGGGGAAGUCCAGCCAGGAAAAUGGGUAGAGAUAAGGUGUAAACUACAAGGGACAGCACGAGUGGUUAGACAAGAAGGAGACCAGAGCUUCAAAAAAGACAGGGCCUGGCACGCCUCCUCACAUCCACCCAAGGAUUGGAUGUGCCUUCCCAGGAUAGGCCCUGGAAUCCAGCCCUGCUCAAAGUGCCUAGAGGCCUGCUGCUACUCUCAUUAUGUACUGUUUUUUAGUUUUUUUUUUUUUUUUUUUUUUUUUUUUUUUUUUUUUUUUUUUAAUCUGCAGUGUUGGGGAUCAAACCCAGGGCCAUGCACAUUAAAAGGAAGUGCUCUGCCCCUGAGCCCCAGCCUGCUGCCUUGAAUCUGCACUUUAAUAUCCUCAUCCCAAGACCCAUGUUGUUCUGCCAGCCGUGUGUGUUCUUCAUUCAGGAUCCCAGAGCUAUCUCUGAAUCGGACCUCACUCUCAGGGACUAGAUGUCUCCUUGGUUACAGCGUUUGUGGUAGUGUUCAAUAAAGAUGAUCAGGGUUUUACCUGCUCAGCG